AAUCGCUGCACCAUAUCGUGCACCGCGGCUGCUGCUCUUCCAGUGUGCUGGACGCAUCGCUACUCCGUUGAAUACUAUUGUGUAGAAAGAGCGGAAGAGGUAAAUAAAUCGUAUUUUGUUUUUAGUGUAUUAAUUAGUAGCUACAUUUCUAACUUGGUAUCGUUUCAGGUACCCCGUGCCGUGAUUAGCCCAACAUCAGAAGCAUUUCGUGUUUUGACUGUCAGUACACGCCGUACCGGUGGCUAUUGAUAACUACGAAUUCGUGCAGUUAUCCCGCCGCCUAUGAUCGUAGCGUUUACUUAGAUGAUCAGUGAACACGAUUUUGGUCAUAAUAGUGUUGUAAGUGACCCGCCAGACUGAUUUUAUAUUCUUAAGAAAUAACAAUUGCUUCUCCUGUUGAUUAGACGCUCAGGUCCAUUCCCAGGCUUGUUCUCCGUUAGAAGUACCUCGGUACGUAUUUAUAUACUUUUUUUGGCCGUUGUCUACGGCACCGGAUUUAUCCAUAGAUGGUUGAGAUGAAGCUCAUCGAUAACGUGGUACGCAGUUUCAAAGUGGCCAAGGUUUUUCGUGAGAACACUGACAAGAUCAACAGUUUUGAUUUCUCGCCGGCCGGAGAUUAUAUAAUAUCGUGCAGUGAAGAUGACCAGAUCGUCAUAUACGACACCCAGAAGGGUGAGCUGUCCAAGACCAUCAAUAGCAAAAAGUACGGUGUAGAUCUCAUACAUUUCGCGCACACUAAGUCAACGGCUAUACACAGUUCGACCAAAGUGGACGAUACAAUUAGGUAGGUAUCGUACUUUCAUAGACAAAUUUAUUGGUGGAUGGGUUAGGUGUUACAUAUUUUUCUUCUUGAGUUCUAAACUCAUUUCAAUUUUGACAGAAACUACAUAUUUGUUAGGUAAUUGAAUGUAUUGUCAGGUUAUAUAAGUACCUAUGUCAACAAAUUAAUAUUUCAAACGAUACAUAUCUUGGGCUGUGUAUGUCAUAUCUCAUUCAAGUUAAAAUUACUUCCUUUUAAGCCGGGUUUACAUGGAGUCAUAAACUGGUCGAGAAUACUACUUGUUCUGCCCAUGUCUCACGACUGCUUGAUUUUCACGAUCAAUAAUAUAUGACCUCCAGUUCACACGAAUUAGUGUCUGAAAGGCGUCGUGACCAGAAAUGAACCGCCGCUGACAUCUAGUUGUUCAUUGUACGUUUUUUAUUUAUUUGUGAAUACCAAAACCAUUGAUAUUCAUUUCAUCGCAUAUUUUUUUUUAAGGCUCCAUCUCUUGCAUCUCUGUCUUUAUACACUUCAGAAUUUAUUUUCCACAAACAUUCCGCAUCGCGAUACAAUUCAACAAAUCAAAUUUUUUGUUUUGUAUUCAUUUUGUACGCUGAAGUAGGAAAUGUUAUUAAUUAUUAUUAUAUAAAAAUAAAAUGUAAAAAUUUUAUUACUUCACUCGGACAAAUAUCGAAACAAAUAUGUGUAUAUAUGCUAGAAACUUCACAUUCGGUGGGUGUUUCAUGACUAAACCAGUCGUGUUUAUUCCAACAUGCCGGAGUAAUCAUGAUCGAUCUAUUUAUGGUCGCUGAUGACUCUCACUACCACUACUACCAGUUCACACCAGGUAGUGAUCACGACUAACUCUUCUAACAGUAGUAUUCUCGCCCAGUUUACGACUCUGUGUGAAUCCGGCUUAGUAUAUUUUUUUUAUAGAAAUUAUUUAAUUUUUAUUCGUGUUCACUUCAUAAAAAUAUAAUGAAUUCUAACUGAUUUAAUUCAUAGUAUGUGAUAGUAUAAUACAUUAUUUUCACUAUUUUUAAACCAUUUUAUUUACUGAGCAUGGCAUCUAGUGUAAGCGGAGGAAUGAAUGCCAAUUUUAGAUGACCCUUAUACCAAGAAUCCCUUAGAAAAAUAUAUUAUACUACCCACUGAAGAACUAACCCUUUUAAUAACCAAAGUUAGACAAGUUGACCAAUUUUUAAAACUAAUUUUCUGAUUUUCUUUUUAAGUUGUCUUAAAAAAAAUAACCCAAGUUUAUUUUAAAAUAUUAGUGAAUUUAAGUAGCAAAUUUUAGGAAAAAUAAUAACUUAAGUGAAGUUUAAUGUUAGAAGUUAUUUUUUUUAAAUAAUCCUUUACUACACUCAUAGACAUAUUUUGUUCUCUAAUAAGUAUGUCUGUAUAGGUUUAUCCACUCCUGUAGGUAUCUUGUUGGUCCCAUGCCCUUACCAUAUUUGUUGAAAAUAAUUGCCACCAUUUGUCACCACUUUUUAGAAAUACCUAACUUACAUUUUUAGCAUUCUAUUAUUUUAGAUUCUGAGUGUAGUGAAGAAUGUAUUGGUUUUUCUAAGAUUUUUUUUUUUUAUAUAUACAUCUAUAUAUAAAAAUUCAUUUGUAUAUCAUUUGUAUAUAUAUAUCCUGUGUAUAAAAAUUCAACCAUAAAUCUUGCUCAGAUACAUACACGCGACAGCAUUUCUGAAAGAGAAUGUUGUCCAGAUGGUACUUUUGGGAGGUCAUUUUUUGAUUUUCCAAGCGGUUUUCAUAAAAUAUGGGAAAAACCAGGAUAAAAACGUAAGAAAACCAGGAAAUGUACAAAAUUAAUGCUUUUAUUAUUUUAUUAAUUUUUUUGUUUGUUGUAAUUCAGUUAAAAAUAUUCAUAGAAACUUGAAAUUUGGGCAGAAAACUUAUAUGUGCCUUUUCUAGAUGUGGUAAAAUUUUCAAAACAUUUGAGCUAUUUAUAGAUAUUUUAAUAUAGCGAGUUUUAUACGUAAUUUUUAUUUGAUAGGUACUUUAUGGUUAAAUUGUUAGACUUAAGAGAAAUGCUUGAAAAUUUAACAGAAGGUUCAUUAAAUCUUUGUAGUGAAAAAAAAAAUUGAGUUUAAUGUAGUAUUUAUUUUUAUAAAGGAAUUUUGAUAUUACAUUUUGACAAAAAUUGUUUUAGUAAAAAUUAUGUAGAAUUUAAUUUUUCUAUUUUUUUUUUCUUGAACAUAUGUGUAUUUUUUGAUUCAAAAAGGAUGGUAAAGUCGGAAUUGAGCAAACUGAUUGAAGUUUCGAAAUUAUAGCUUUUUGAAGUUCAGAUAUUAUGUAGAUGUUACAUGUUUAUGUUAAAUAACUCGGCUGUUGUAGUCAAAUGGUCAUGAAUACAUAUCAUCAUACAAGGGGUCGCGGGUUCAAACCCAGGGUUUGAAAAGAAAUGGUUUUUUUUUUUACCUUUUACCUAAUUAGGAAAAAAAUGCAUUUCAAGUGUACCUAGAGAUCUAUUUAUCUUUCGUUUGGAUGAUUUUAAUUGAAAAAUACCCCUCGAUUUGUUGUGCAAACUUUCUACUAAAAAUCUUGUUCCCAUGUAUCAGGUGUAGCUUAUUUUCUGAAAGGAAAUUUUAUCCCUGUGGUUUAGUGAGGUUAUUUUUAUGAUUUUUCACUCAGUUUUCGUAACUGUUAAAAGCGGGAUAAAACGUCAGAAAAACAAAAAUGUAGACAUUAGUAGUAAAAAAAAUAUGCCCUUUUUUUUCUGUGAACAACUUUUCUACCAGCAAUUUUGCUCCAAUUUACAAUGAUAAUGCUUUUUCUGAAAGUAAAUAUUACCGGGAAGGUACUUUAGGGAGGUAAUUUUUUGAUUUUGCCAAUAGUUUUCUUAGAAAAUGUGAUAAUCGGGAGAAAAACGCAGGAAAAUUGAUACAAUAUCAAACAAAUAUUAAUAAAGAAAAUAUAUAAUGCCUUUUUAAUUAUAUUAUGAUAUAAAUAUUGUUGACAAAGCAUCACUAUCAACUGAACCGUGCUCAGAAUUGUUUUUUUCGUUAGCAAUGGUUUAUUAUUACUAACAGAUAUACAUUAAAUUACUUAUAACAACGGCUGCACCUGUCUUCAUUAUCCUAGGACGUCUUUUUUAAAUUAUUUACCUAAUGCUCAGCUUGUAAUAAAAUUGAUUAUAUUAAACACCAUUAAGACCCUCGUAUCACCAUUUGUUACUAUACUGAUAGCUGUGCAAUCAAUAUUUUCAAAUACACAUAGAUACCUAAUACCUAGAUACAUUAAUAACUAAUAAUUCAAAGUAUUUUAAUAGAUUAAAAUGCUAAUCAUGUAUUUAUUAUCUAUAAGUCCGUGGGACAUACUAAUUUGCUAAAUAGUUGGAUAAAAUUUUGAAGUUAUACUCGUUUGAUCGAGAUAAAAUUCACAUUAGACCUUCAGAAUACUAUAAGAUUAAUAAAAUAAUUAAAAAACACUGGUUUUUGUCAGUUUAGAAGCGAAUUAGCAAAAUUAUUGUUAAUAAUGUACAUAAUCUAUUAUAGCUGUUUAACUAUAAAUCAGUACAAUUUGCAUAAAUUGCAUAUAUUCUGGCUGGAAAACUUUAAACUUGGGGAGUAUGUCAUCAUUGACGUGAAAAACCUAUGUGCAAAAUUUUCAAUUUUGAGGUAAAAUAAGCUAUUAUGAUGCUAUGAUAUUAUCUCCUAUGUGUUAUUUUCAUGAAAGAAUUAAUGAUAAAUAAAAACAAAAUUUCCUAUAUAUUACUAAAUCAUUUGUGAAAUACCUUUUGUUAUUAAAAAUAUCCUAUGUGACAUUAAUCGUCAUUAGAGAACUUUCUAUGUCACAUUGAAAAUCCUAUGUAAUGAAAUAUUGACAAUUUAUACAAUAAUAAUAUCCAUAACUAUUAAGUAUUUUACUCCAAUUUUUUUUCAAAUAAAUAGUUUUAUAGUUUUACAAUUUUAAAAUGUAUUGUCGUUAAUCAUUGAUAAUUUUUGAUUUUUAAAGCGUUUUUUGUUUCUUUUAAUAAUCAGAUUUUAGGAGGUUGUUUCAUGUCAAUGACAAUGUGUAAAUUGGUAUUCCAAAUAUCUGUUUUGAGUUUCAUUUUAUUGGGCAAAUAUAGCUUCUGUUACCGUCUGUUUUACCAGAAAUCUACAAAUUUGUAUAUCUCUAAUUCUUUAUAUCUUCUCAUAUUAUUUCUUACUAAUGUUUUAUUAGUCUUGUACACAACUCUUUUCUUAAUUUAAUUACAUAUUUUAUAUAAUUUCAUUAUUAAUUAUUAUCUUUGUUUUAUUUAAAAUUACUUUACCUACACAAUUAAUACAUUUCAGAAAUUCAAAUGCCAUUAACUAUUAAAAAAAUAUUAAACAAUUUGACUGAUAUUUUACCAUACUUCCAUUUAUCUGCCUAUGUUCAAAAUUUCAGAUAUCUGUGUGUUAUAGAAUUUGUUGUAUAUUUAUAUAUUUUUUAUAUAUAUAUUCACUCAUACACCUUGAAACACUUCUUUUUAUUAGUAGAUUAACUAUCUAUAAUCAAUUGAAAAUUUGUAUUUAUCAAUAUUGUAAUAUACAAAUAUUUAUUUACCUGCUAACUAUUAAAUAUCUACUUAUUUAACAAUAACUUAUAAAAGAACAGUCAGGUUCUUUUAUAAAAAUAUUGUAAUCUAAUAAGUAAUGAUAGUAGUUAAACACACACACUUCACAUUUUUUAAAAUCUGCUAAUUAGAGAACUAUUUUCUAUUUUGUUUUAAUAUCAAAAAGGUACUUCUAUACGUUUUAAUUACAUUAAACAAUGUUGACAUUCCUGUCUGGUAAUUUACUGAAUACCAUAAGAUUCCUGUGUAUAAUGAGUAUACAAUAAUUAUUUAUUUGUAUUAAAAUUUACAAUACUAAUUUGAUUUUAAAUUGUCCGGUUUACAAGUUAUUUUAAAUCAGGCAAAUUGUUUAAAGUAAUUUAAAUUUCUUUUUGAAACUUCUGAGGAGUCUAAAGUAAUUUACUAUGAUUACAUAUUAAAAAAUUGUAUAUUUUGUAUAAUUAGAUGUUGUAAUUUAUGAUAUUCUCUUAAAUAGCAUCAACAUGUGUUCUUAAAAUAUUGUAACCUAUUAUCAAUAUAUUUAUUUUUACUUCUCUAGCUUUAAAGAGAUUAUAUAUAUCCAUUGCUGUUAUACACAUUCUGUUUAACUCCUCUGCUGUUCGGCUCUUGAAUUUAAAUUACUGAUUGUUUUGCAUUCAAUUCAUUUUUACAUUUUUUUAUUUUUAUUUGUUUGAGUCUAGAUACUCAAAACCGUAAACAUUUCCAAAUCUUAAUAAAGCUUAUAAUAGCAAAUUUGUGAUGAUCAUUUGAAAUAUGUUAGUUUUGUGAUUUAUCGAGCCUUCUGAGUUGUGGUAUAGUUGUGUAGUCUUUAUGCAGCUAAAUAAAAAUCUUUUGUAUUCUCUUAUAUAACGCACAGCUUUUAGCCUAAAUAAUGGUUUUAUUCAAGUUAAAUAAUAUUUUCACAAUUGUUUUUGUUUGGUAUUCACUAUUUUAUUAUUUUCAGAUAUUUAUCAUUGCAUGACAACAAGUAUAUUCGUUACUUCUCUGGACAUGCCAAAAAAGUUGUGUCAUUAUGUGUAUCGCCCAUUGAGGAUAUGUUUGUUUCUGGAUCUUUGGAUAAAAGUCUCAGACUAUGGGAUUUAAGGUCACCAAAUUGUCAUGGAUAUAUUAAUGUAAUGGGAAGACCAGUGGCAGCUUUUGAUCCAGAAGGCUUAGUGUUGGCAGCUGGUGUGAAUUCUGAAACACUUAAGCUGUUUGAUGUCAGGUAAAUAAAAUUAUUUGUAACUAUUCAUUUUCUUCAAAUUAUUUAUGCCCUAUUAUUAUGUUUAAAUUUAGGUCAUUUGAUAAAGGACCAUUUAUAACUGUGAAGCUUCCUCAAGAAAAAGAAUGUGAUUGGACAGAUUUGAAAUUUAGUCUGGAUGGACGUACCAUACUUAUACCCACCAAUGGAUCAUUAAUUAGGUUGAUAAAUGCUUUUAAUGGUUCACCUAUACAGACAUUUACAGGUCACUUGAAUAACAAGGGAAUUGCAAUUGAAGCAUCAUUCAGUCCAGACUCUCAGUAUAUACUUAGUGGGUCAACUGAUGGCCGUGUUCAUGUCUGGAACGCAGUCACUGGUUAUAAGGUAUGUGUUCUCAAUGGUGAUCAUCCAGGCCCAGUUCACUGUGUGAAGUUCAAUCCUAAAUUUAUGAUGAUGGCAUCAGCAUGUACAAAUAUGGCAUUUUGGUUACCUUCAAUUGAUGAUUCGACAUGUAUGGUAUAAACAAAAAUUAAAUUUUAAAAGUUUGCGUUAGACUUCAUUUAAGUAUGUACAAUGUACUUCAUGUUUCUUUCAAUUUUUAUUCAAACAUUUUUAAUUUUAAUUAUUGAUUUUCCUAUAUUUUACUUUUAAUUUAUUCAAAAUUAUUUAAGAAAAUAAAUGUUUAUACUUGUUAAUAAUUUAAUUAUUAAGAGUGAACUUACCAAUGUUAAUUUCAUUUAUAAUUGUUCUGUUAUUGUAUUAUUUCUUUGAAAGAGAUUUUGAUUAAGGUAUACUCAAUUUAAUAUUAUAAUUUUUAUACUUCAUAUUAGGUAUUAUGACGUGUUUAGAAUCAAUUGAUAUAAAUUAGAUGUUAUGAUGUUAAUACUAUUAUUAAUUACAUAAGAUUUUACUUAUAAAUGUUUGUUUAUAUGUUUCUAAGUUUAUUACUGAAUCGCUAUUUUCUCAUUGCUAUUACUUUUGGCAAUUAAUAUAUCAGCGAUAUCAAAAUGUAUAUUCGUCUUCAAAACCAUUUAGUUGAUAAUUCUGAAAAAAAUAGUUCUUAUAAUAUUUUCCAUUUAUACAGUUUAAACAGUUACAUUAAAUUUUAAAUAAAAUCAUGCUCAUUGACAUGUUUUCAUCGGUCAGUACCCCAACCAAUGGUGCUUAAAAAUAUACAUAUACAAUUUGAGACAUUUACAAUGAUCAAUUAAUUUAAUCCUUUCAAACAAACAAAUGAAUAUAGUAUAGUUACGUUUUGAAAUAAAAUUCAAAUGUUUAAUAUACUUAUAAAGUACGAUUAAUUUGAACAUCAAUUGUUAAUCUAUUUUCAUUAAGACAUUGUAAGACAGUUAAGUUUUGAAUGAUACUAUUAUUUUAGUCUUUUACCUUGUUUAAGUGAAUAAGUUAUAACAAUUGAUUUUGUAUAAAAUACUAUAAAUUAUGUUAUAUCAGUGUUCUAAUUAUCAAUUUCCACUAAUAUAAACAUUUAAUGUGGUUUUUUUUUAUUGAUAUUUAUUUUUGUCAAUUAUUUGUUUAUUAUUUAUGUUUUUAAAGAUUUGACUAUUUAUUGCAAAAAGUUAAAUCUUUCAACUGUUUGUUGAAAUAAACUUUGCAAAUGAUUAUUAUCAUUUUUUAAAUUUAUAUGUUUUGUUAAGUAUUAAUUUAUGAAUUUUGAAUAGUUUAUCAGUAGUACUGUCCUAUGAUUUAAUGUUUAAAUUUGUAUGUAUAAUUGAAUAUUUUAAUUUUGUAAGUAAUAAUUAUUUAUUGGUUUGUACAUCAUUAUAUAUUAAAAUGGUAUUAGUGUUUAAAAUGUAUUAAUUAACAUUUUUAAAUGUUUUAAGUAACAAAUCAACACUUCUUGGUAUCAUUUUGACAUGUCCUAUUGUUAAUAACUUAUUGGAAUGAAUGGACCUAAAUCAAUAAUUAUUUAUAUUGUUUUUAUCAUACUAUAAACAAACAUGAUUCUAAAUAUUAAAUAAAAUGUAUUUAUUUUAUCUUCUUUAGUUAAUAAAAACUAUAAAAAAAACUUUGUGUAUACUGAAUACAAGGUUGUUAGAUACUCUGUUAAAAACUUGAUGUUUGAAUUCACACUACAACUUUAUUAACAUAUUAAUGAUUGUAUUUUUCAGAACGAAUAAUGUUAUCAUGUGUUUGUAUUUGUGUGUAUUGUAGAAUUUAGAUGAAUAAAUGAACAAAACUGUAUAGUAUUAUAUUGUAGUUAUAAUAAUUUAUGCACUUUGUUCAUGUUAUAUGAAUUUAGUAUUUGUUUGAUAAAUUAUAAAAAAAAGCACGUAUCAUUUUUAAUGUAAUUAAAAUAUAAAAAUAAUGUUGAAAAAUGAAAAUUGAAAUUGAUGUAUGAAACAAUCACAAUAAAAUAAAAUAAUUGUU